UCUGCUCGGUCGGCCCUUUCCCCCGUCUCCGCAGCACCCAGCCGGCGGGAGCCCGCGACGCCGGCGGCGCCAUGAUCACCUCAGCCGCUGGAAUUAUUUCACUUCUGGAUGAGGAAGAGCCAGAACUCAAGGAAUUCGCUCUUCACAAACUGAAUGCUGUUGUCAAUGACUUCUGGGCAGAAAUCUCUGAGUCAGUGGACAAAAUUGAAAUCUUGUACGAAGAUGUCGGCUUCCGGAGUCGUGAGUUUGCAGCUUUAGUGGCAUCGAAGGUGUUUUAUCACCUUGGAGCUUUUGAAGAGUCACUGAACUAUGCCCUGGGAGCAGGCAACCUCUUCAAUGUCAACGACAAUUCAGAAUAUGUGGAGACGAUCAUUGCGAAGUGCAUCGACCAUUACACCAAACAGUGUGUGGAAAAUGCUGAUCUGGCCGAGGGAGCAAAGAAGGCCGUCGAUCCACGUCUGGAAGGGAUUGUCAAUAAGAUGUUCCAGCGCUGUUUAGAUGACCACAAGUACAAACAAGCCAUUGGCAUUGCUUUGGAGACACGCAGGCUGGAUAUCUUUGAGAAAACCAUUUUGGAAUCGAACGACGUUCCUGGGAUGCUGGCGUACAGCUUAAAACUCUGCAUGUCCCUGAUGCAAAAUAAGCAGUUCCGCAACCAAGUGUUGAGAGUUCUGGUUAAAAUCUACAUGAACUUAGAAAAACCCGACUUCAUCAAUGUGUGCCAGUGCCUCAUCUUCUUGGACGACCCGCAGGCUGUCAGCGACAUCUUGGAGAAGCUGGUGAAGGAGGACAACCUUCUCAUGGCUUACCAGAUUUGUUUUGACUUGUACGAAAGCGCCAGCCAGCAGUUCCUCUCGUCUGUGAUCCAGAACCUCCGCACCGUUGGCACCCCUAUCGCUUCGGUGCCCGGGUCAACCAAUACAGGCACUGUUCCCGGGUCAGAGAAAGAAGGCGACACCAUGGAUACUAUGGAAGAAAAGGCCAGUAGUCCAGUUGCUGGACUGAAGUCUGCCCAAACCAACCCUGAAUCAAAAGACCAGAUCCCCAAAAUGAUAAAAAUUUUAAGUGGCGAAAUGGCUAUUGAAUUACACCUGCAGUUCUUAAUACGAAACAACAACACAGACCUCAUGAUUCUAAAAAACACAAAGGACGCAGUGCGGAACUCUGUCUGUCACACAGCAACCGUUAUAGCAAACUCCUUUAUGCAUUGUGGAACCACCAGCGACCAGUUCCUUAGAGAUAAUUUGGAGUGGCUUGCCAGGGCUACCAAUUGGGCAAAGUUUACUGCUACAGCCAGCCUCGGUGUCAUACAUAAGGGUCACGAGAAGGAAGCUCUUCAGUUAAUGGCAACGUACCUGCCAAAAGACACAUCCCCAGGGUCAGCCUAUCAGGAAGGUGGUGGACUUUAUGCCCUGGGACUCAUCCACGCCAAUCAUGGAGGAGACAUCAUAGACUACCUGCUGAACCAGCUGAAGAAUGCCAGCAAUGAUAUUGUCCGACAUGGCGGUAGCCUGGGACUUGGUUUGGCGGCUAUGGGAACUGCACGCCAGGAUGUCUAUGAUCUUUUGAAAACUAACUUGUACCAGGAUGAUGCGGUGACAGGUGAGGCAGCAGGUCUGGCUCUGGGACUGGUGAUGCUAGGAUCUAAAAAUGCUCAGGCAAUUGAGGAUAUGGUGGGCUAUGCCCAAGAAACCCAGCAUGAGAAGAUCUUGCGAGGCCUGGCAGUUGGCAUUGCCUUGGUGAUGUACGGGAGGAUGGAGGAGGCAGACGCCCUCAUUGAGAGUCUCUGCAGAGAUAAGGAUCCGAUCCUGCGUCGUUCAGGGAUGUAUACUGUUGCAAUGGCUUACUGUGGCUCAGGAAACAACAAGGCCAUCAGACGACUGUUACAUGUUGCUGUUAGUGAUGUCAACGAUGAUGUGAGACGUGCAGCCGUUGAAUCACUGGGUUUCAUUUUGUUCAGGACUCCUGAGCAAUGUCCCAGCGUAGUUUCCUUGCUGUCCGAAAGUUAUAACCCCCAUGUCCGCUAUGGGGCGGCCAUGGCCCUAGGCAUCUGCUGUGCUGGUACGGGGAACAAGGAAGCAAUUAAUUUGCUGGAGCCGAUGACAAAUGAUCCUGUGAACUACGUGCGUCAAGGCGCUCUGAUUGCAUCUGCCCUUAUCAUGAUCCAGCAGACAGAGAUUCUUUGUCCAAAGGUCAGCCAGUUCAGACAGCUCUAUUCCAAAGUCAUCAAUGAUAAACAUGACGACGUUAUGGCCAAGUUUGGAGCAAUUCUCGCUCAAGGCAUAUUGGAUGCAGGUGGCCACAACGUCACGAUUUCCCUGCAGUCCAGGACGGGACACACGCACAUGCCUUCAGUGGUCGGAGUUCUAGUCUUCACCCAGUUCUGGUUCUGGUUUCCUCUCUCACACUUCUUGUCGCUGGCUUUCACCCCGACCUGCGUCAUCGGCCUUAACAAAGACCUCAAGAUGCCAAAAGUGCAGUACAGAUCCAACGUCAAGCCCUCCACGUUUGCCUACCCAGCUCCGUUGGAGGUGCCGAAAGAGAAGGAGAAAGAAAAGGUGUCUACUGCCGUGCUGUCCAUCACUGCGAAAGCUAAAAAGAAGGAGAAAGAGAAGGAGAAGGAGAAAAAGGAGGAGGAGAAAAUGGAAGUGGAUGAAACCGAGAAGAAGGAUGAGAAAGAGAAGAAGAAAGAGCCCGAGCCGUCCUUCCAGAUCCUCGACAAUCCGGCCCGGGUGAUGCCUGCCCAGCUCAAGGUGCUGACCAUGCCAGAGAGCUGCCGCUACCAGCCGUUCAAGACCCUUUCCAUCGGUGGCAUCAUUGUCUUGAGAGACACCAGCGAGGACACCGAAGAGCUGGUGGAGCCAGUGGCAGCUCACGGGCCAAAGAUCGAGGAGGAGGAACAGGAGCCGGAGCCCCCGGAGCCUUUUGAGUACAUCGAUGAUUAGGAGAUGAGGGGCUUUGGCCCUUAAGGAAGCUUGGCGCUAUGCCUGAAGUUGGAAAGCCGCCUGGAGGAUGUUCUUGCUGCAGCCGGCAACGCAGCGCAUGCCCCAACACCUCUGUGCUGGCCGACAGCAGGCAGUCCACGUUUUAUGGUUGACAAAAGGAAAUCUACGCUCUCUUUAGUGUACUCUUUCACAAGGAACCGGUUUUCAAAAUAAAUACAUUAAAAACCCCAAA